CACGGCGCAGCACUGAGAUACUAUCACGACCCGCUACCACGAUUUUUUCUGGCCACAGAAGUUGUUGGCGUCGGUCCUCGUGCCCAUAGUAGACACAGCUACAGCAUCAAACCUGCUUGCCAAAAAAUGCGUGACCCCUUCGGCCAGGAGCGGUCGAUCUGUUUGAAAUGCCAGAAGCACGACCGGGAGUGUCUGGAGUUUUUGCCCAGCGACAUGGACACCGACUGCCUGGACAACGGGGAUUUCGAUUGGGAAGGGGAAAUGAAGGACUUGGACGAGCGAAAAGUCCUGCCCUGCAUUCUCGAGUCCAUCACCGCCUACCGACGGAGAACCUUCGACGAAAGCAACAUCGUCUGCAAGGCGACAAAUUCCAGUUCCUUGCUGCAGAAUCUCGUUGGCGGCGGGAGUAGUGGGUCUACUUCUUCGCCAUCUUCACCAAGCAAUAAUCCCUGCAUUGCCACCACGAGCAGUGGUUCUUCCCCGAUGAAUAAAUCGGGUGUACAAAAAUCAUCCGCCAGUACCCUGGUGCAGAAAACGUUCCCACCGACCUUAGCAGCCAGCGCAGCAGCAAACAGACAAGGAUCUACGUCGACUUCGAAUGCGGCAAAUAACAAAUUCACCUCCUACUCGCGGAUUUGCCACUGCGGGUGCGAUUGCGAAGACCACUUGCUGGAAGUGGUUUCGAAACAGGAGAAAAUCGUGUUGAACCUGAUCCGGCCCCAUUUUCAGAUGCUGAAACUCAGCUACUCGGUGAUGCAGUCGGUUACUGACACGGUGCACUUGGACAUUCCCCGAACGGAGUUCACCUACGGGGAGAUCUACGAUGUGGCCUUCCUGCGGUUUCUGAACGAAUUGUGGGACGAGUAUUACGGGGGAGAUAAUUUUCUUUCGGCUGCAGGUGCCGCGGUAUCAUCCCCUGCAAGCCCAGCCUCGCCGAAAUCAGCAGGCCCAGGAAGUCCUGCUUUUUCUUCGCCCAAAAAUAAUACCGGCGCAGCAGCAGGUUCUUCGCCCAAUGUCCCGCACACGCGACCCAGCAAAACCACUGCCGGGGCCGCGCUGGCGGGGAACGGCUCACCGACGAAUUCGAAAACUACGAAUCUGCUGAAGAACAACACACAGACUUCUAGCAAUCCCGGAACAACAUCACCAAGUAGCAACAGGCAAGGAAUAUUAAACAGUACGAACGGCGCCACCUGUUCGCCGAAGCCCCUCUCUCCCUUCCACGACCAGUCGCCGGAUGUGUCGAAAAGAAGACCGUUUCAGGGAAAAUUCCUGGACCUCGGCUGCGGCACGGGGAAGGCGGUUUUUCUCGCAACUUGGUCGAUAUGACAGUGCACACCCCCCCCUCCCCCUCAUUUGUCAUGCAAAAUACCCAGUCCACCCUUUGACUCCUAGCGCUGUUUGCGUGACAAGUUCUGGUAGCCCAAAUAGCAUUAUACUCCCUUGCAAAUUUGUCAUGCAAAACCGGCACUCCUGCUGAUGCUUGUAUUGCCGUUCACGCUAUACAAAUGAGGGGGAGGGGGAGUUGUGCACUGUUAUAGCCGAAGUGGCAGUUUGAGAAAGCGGAGGGAGUGGAAUUACUCCCCGGCCUGCACAAGCUUGCGUGCUAUCUGAAAGACAGCAUUUAUAUCACACAGCAAAAAGUAAAAGCUGGCAGGGCACAUUUGUAAUGCAAAAAGAAAUACUCAAAAUCUGCGCUGCACAUCCGAAACAGCAUGCUAUGGGGCCACCCAUGACAAAUUUUUCUGUGUAUUUAUUUUUGCAUUACAAAUCUGCCCUGCGAGCUUUUUUCUCUGGGAUAGUUUACAAGUCGUGUGACGCCCUGUCCCCGAAAACGCGGUCGGUGGUAUUCUAAGUAAAAACAUCCCCACCCCAGAGUUGUCAUGCAAACCUGCAUGGCAAAAAAGUUUCUCAUGCGGAGCCCCAUGCGAAGCAUUUUCUCGUCGUGUGUUGGAAUUUGUGGUGCUUUAAUCAGCAUGAGAUGCUAGGUCUGUGAUGCUGCUAUACUAGCUAAACAGCAUUACACUACGAGGACAAAACUGUCAUGCGACACAACCCAAGCUAGUUCAAUUUGUCUAGCUGAUUUUCCAACUACUUGACUACGGGUUGGGGACGUCUUUCCUCGGGAUACGUGGCGAAAAUUCCCCAAACCGACGUAGAAUUCUUUCUCGGGGACGUGGCGAAGUGGCAUCUGCAGCAGGCGGGGAAAGAAGAAGCAGAAGAAGGAGAACAAGACGGCGCAACAAGUCGUGCAAAUGAAAACAAUGAUCUGAAGCUCGUGUACAUCGCGUCAACGGUUUUUGGCGAGGAACUGAUGGCGAAGAUACGGUUCGAUGUACUGCCGAAGGUCUGGUAUGCAAGUGCAAAAGCAUGGACAACGAAGUUGCUUGCCCAUAUUUAAUAUUUGGUGGAAUUACCACCAAGUGUGUAGACAAGAGAGAAGCUUGUCGGCGAGUAUCUGAUGUGUAGUCUGGUACAACGGCCUGCUCGUGGUUCAUUCUUCGAUACAGAGCGGAAGAAUCAGUGAUGCGAAACUACGUACUGCGGUAUUUUGAAACAGUCACAUGCAUAAUUUCCUGCUCGCUUCAAUCAUUUCUCCCUCGUGGGCGACACACAGACUCCAAGGAAGUACAACUUCGCAGCCUUUGCAACCGUUCCAUAAAUGCAGCAGGGACACGAUCAUUGUGACGCUGAAGAACAAAUUGCCGGAUAUAGAAAUUUAUCAACUGUAAAAAUGUCUGGGUCUGGAAGAAUGCAAGUUUGUCAUGCUUGUCUGGCAUGACUCGGGAAUCUGUGUUGCAUAGGCACGAAAAGGCGCUUUUACCUGUCAUGCAAAAACGCAGUUUGCCAUGCAAGAUACGUAAGACAUGGGAGCCAAAAAAUUUGUCAUGCAUAGCUGCGUAUUGCAGUCCGUCUACCAUUCACUUUUAGCAUCACAAGUUUCCAGACCCAGACAUUUUUACAUUUGAUAAAAUUUUGCAAGAAACAAAACUCCUCGUCUCCUGGGGCUAUAGCCCUUGCUACGUCUGUCGCCUGCCGGUAUCAAAAGAAAAAAUCCCCCCUCCCCAUAUCAAAACGGAAAUCUGUGAUGCAGAUUUGUUGUCACAAAUCAGCUUUGUCAUGCUACACGGGAAAAGAUGCGGACUGUAGUGCUGGGUGGCGUGGGGAAGCCUUGCAUCUUCAGCAUGAUAGGAGGCAGCUGAGAGUGGGGAACAGCAUGACAAAUUGCCUGCAAACGAGGCCACGACUGCGGCUCUUGGCCUUCUAGCAUGACAAGUCGAUUUGUGACCUCAAAUACAGCAUCACAAAUUUCGUUUUCGAUAUGGGGAGGGGGGAUUUCUCCUUUCGAUAGCCGGUUGAUACGGGUCGUGCGGAAAUAAAAUGAGGAAGAAGCUUUUGAUCACGGCGAAUAUAUAAUGCGCAUCACUCAGUGCUACUGAUAGCACGCAGUUUUUUCCUGCUGUUGUACUGUGCAUUGUACUAAAAGGACGGCUCCUGCGUAAGAGUUCUUGGGAAAUAAGAGGAGUAUUAGCGAGAAGUUAUCGCAAGGAAAAAUCCCCCCUCCCCAUAUUGAAGAGGUAGGUUUUCGAAAAUUUGUGUUGCUGAUUGAUAUAGAAAUUUUGCAGGAAACAAAACUCCUCGUCUCCUGGGGCUACAUAUCAACUGCAAAAAUGUCUGGGUCUGGAAGAAUGCGCGAUUUGUCAUGCUGCUUUUCCAUGACCCAUGAGGUCUGGAACGCAGGACCUAGCAUGAAGGAUUCUGCGAGACCUUUCUCAUGCCUUUCCUGCAUGAGAAACUCCCUCCCGACUUGGUCAAAACUGGGCGACUUUUGGUAAUCAUGCAACACAGAUUUUUGCAUGCAGCAGAUUUAGCAUGACAAGUUGCAAUUUUCCAGACCCAGACAUUUUUACAUUUCAUACUACAGCCCGUGUUACGUGUGUCGCCUGCCUGUAGUUGAUACAGGUCGUGUGGAAAAAUGAUGAAGAAGUUCGUCACGAAUACUUUGCAACUACGCUCAGUUAAAGCAUUUCGCAUCUUUCCAGUGCUGCGGUUUUUUGUCCUAAAGGCACGAUAACUGCGUGCUUUGAAAACAGCGUCAGAACAACUCUACGCUUCAAUACGAAUACAGCAAAAUGCUGUAUUUGUGUUGCUUACUUGCUGC